CACACACACAGGACGGCACCCGAGAGAUUCUACGGAAGUACGAGAAGAGCAACGAGGAUUCGCCAAUGUCGUGGUGCCUCCUGAUAGUGCUGCUGCUCGGCGCGCCCUUCUUGCCGCCAUGCGGAGGAUCGCUCCAUGUUUUCUAUAGCGGCGCAACCCCGACCGGUUCCGCCGAAGGUGCUACGGCUGGGUUGCUUGGCGCAUCCGAUAGAAGUAUGGAGGGUGGGGCCGAGGCUCUCCGGAGGUUUGCUUCUACACGGGCUAUGAAAACAGGAACAACCAUCGCUGGCGUAGUUUUCGAGGGAGGUGUGGUGUUAGGAGCGGAUACUCGAGCCACGGGCGGGAAAACGGUGUGCGACCGCAACUGCGACAAGAUUCACAUCCUCGCUUCCAACAUUGCCUGCUGCGGGGCUGGGACCAGCGCGGACGCGGUCAGGAUAACAGAGGGGGCACGUCUCGCGCUGUUGCGAAUGGCCCGAGAGAUGCAAGCCUGCCUGCCCUCAAGCAGGUCGCCUCUCCUCCAAUCCCAAUCUCGGGCGGACGGGGAGAGGCCCUUGGCUAGCUGCGACAGCGGGCUGGAUGAGGUGCAACGCAAGCAUCUCCGGGUCGGCGCGGCGGCGUUGUUGCUGGAACGGCACCUGUUCCGGUACCAGGGGACCGUUUCCGCAGCUCUCGUUUUAGGAGGAGUGGACGUUAUCGGCGAGCAUAUCUACCAGGCACCUCUCAUCCACGAGGGAGGAAGCCUCGCCGAGGUGGAAUUCACGGCCAUGGGUAGCGGGAGCCUGGCAGCAUUGAGCGUUCUGGAGCGGGGUUACCGAGAAAAUAUGACAGAACAAGAAGCCAAGGAGCUCGUACUAGAAGGCAUCGCGGCGGGAAUCGACAACGACCUGGGCAGCGGAAGCAACAUCGACUUGUGCGUUAUCACGGCGGAGAGAGGCCUGGAGCACCACAGAGGGGCUUGGACAGAUCCAGGCCUUGAUGACGAUGGCAUUGCUGCUCGAGAGCUUCCCGAAGGAAUCGAGAGCUGGCAACCAAAUCAACUUGAUGCGUCUGAUGACACCGAAAGUGGCGGUUUCGACGUCAUCGUCGGCGGGGAGGGUGGAUCGGGAGCAUGGGUGGGAAACGUGCGUCGAAGAAACAGGGAGAAAAGCGUCAUGAAGGUGGACCAUGACGAUGACGGGGCUCUACGUAGGUAUCGUUGCAGCGCCCUCGACGAUAAGAUCGAAGUGCUGUGAUGGUCCAAGGGUUCCCCUUGCGCUCGAGCGAUUCGUUCUCCCUUCAUCAAAAUUUAGAGGGAACCUGGUGUGUGAAGAGCAUCAUCCGGGAGGGCAAGAAGACGGCGGGCCUUCUACGGAACCAUCGGUGCAUUUCUGUUCACGGUAGGAUCGAAGUGAAAUAGUUACGUUCGUUCCGCGUCCAUCCAGGAGGUUAUAUUGGAGGGCCUCCCGUUGAAAUGGUAAAACGGUUUUCAACAAGGGCGAUACAAGUCAUCAUCACGCUGCAAGAAGCUACCGUUUACUACCGGUCGGGUCGUCGUCAUCGCCCGGCUGCGGCCGGAUGACCUUCCUCCUCAGGCGUCGGGCGCGCCGGUGAGCGGCAGUCCCGGGGCAAAGCCUCACGAAAUUUCCCAUUCGGGCAGGCAACUCCCCGACUUGGCGGGGCCUUCUGCCUUGGAGGAUUUGAUCGAGGUCGCUCUCCAGGUCUGCUUGCUCCUGUUGCGCACAUAUGUAGCCCACGAAGAGCAAGGACGGUGGCGAUGGACAGUCGAUGUUUUGAGUCGAGCGUUUGGGUAUUGACACAGGUCACGCCUCCGCUUUGCUUAGGCCCGCGAAGCAUGGACAUGGAAAAAUCAUCGGUUUUGGUUCAAGGCGCGUCCACCUCUGUUUUCGUCACGAAAAAUGCAGAUUGGAGACCGCUGCAACCUGGAUGGCGGGGAAAACAGCUUUGCUAGGCUCGGUCAUUGCUGUUUGCGGUUAGAGACGUUCUUGGAAGCGAUGAAAACCUCCUCUCGGUCGGUUUUCGUGAUCGUUAUGUGUGUCUGGUUUGGUCAUCUUGUGUGUUGCCUUUUUCGUCCCACCUAUCCCGGGCGCCAGUCACACCGUGCGGUAUAGGUUUGUCGCACCAGCCGGAGAUCACACAAAUGAGGUUUCGCCAAACGAUUAGGUGUGUCUCCGCCUUGCCCCCUGCGUUGCGUUUUACGCGCGAGAAGGGUCGGGUGAUCGCCUCGUGGGAUUUCUUAGUGCUUUUCAGCGCUGGUUUUGGUUGCAUGAUGUGGUUCCCU